UCAAGCACGACCACUGUGAAGAUGAAUUUCUUUGGCGCCAUUAUUGCGCUCGCCAUCUGUGCGCUAUGUGGAUUAACCCAAGCGGAUAUAUCGCUCAAGUUGCAACAGCAGCAACAAGAACCGCUGAUCACCAAGGAGCAGUACUACAAGACGGGCGGUGGCUUCCAUGAGAGUAGCUACGGCAACUCCGGCUACCAGAUCUUCGAGGUGCACAACCAUUUCGCUGGCCAGGCCAAGGGUCCGGCCUAUCUGCCGCCCCAGGGUCAGAGUUCCAGUCAGGGUCAGGGUCAUGACGACAGCUUGGAUCUGUCCUUCCUGAACUUUGCCGAUGCUCCAUCGGCAGUUGCUGCUCCUGCUCCGUCUCCAAUUUCCGUGCCCUUCCCUUCAAGCUAUCAACAUGACUUCCAGCGAAAGGCUCCGGCCUCGUCCUCUGUGGGUUACAAUGGCCAGGCCUAUCUGCCACCCGCCAGCGCUGCCACGCCCAUUGUCCAGCAGCAGCAACAACAACAACAGGCGGUGCAGCAGCAGCAACCACAAGUGCUGCAGCAGCAACAACAACAAGUGGUGCAACAGCAAGUGGUGCAGCAGCAACAACCCCAAGUUGUGCAGCAGCAACAAGUGCAGCAGCAACAGGUGCAACAGCAAUACAGUCAGCAGAGCUAUGAAGCACCCGCCUAUCUGCCACCCAUUGCCGUCCAGGAGGUUGCCCAGCCAGUGCCCAUCAGCUACCCGCAGCCACAGAAGGCUUUCCAAGGACCCACCUAUCUGCCACCCCAGCAACAGCAGGUGCAACAGGUUCAGGAGGUGCAACAGCAGCAGCAACAAGUGCAGCAGGUUCAGGAAGCUCAGCAGCAGCAGCAGCAACAGCAGCAGGAGCAGCAGCAGAUUGCUGUGCAGGCACAGGGCCAGGAAUAUCAGGCUCCUGGCUAUUUGCCCCCUGGCUAUGACUUCACCAAUCCCGAUCAGUUGCCUUUGUCGCUGAGCCAGAGUGUGGCCACCUCGCAGAGUGUGUCGUCUGUGCAAAAUGUUGCCACAACACAGAGUGUUGCAUCGGUGCAAGAGGUUGCUGGCGAGUAUCGUGCUCCUGGCUACCUGCCACCUGGCUACGAUGCGCCAUCUCCACAGGCACCCAGCCAGAUCAGUUAUCAGCAACCACAACAGCAAGCACAGCAGCAGCAACAAGUGUAUGUUGCACCCACGCAGGCAACUGUUAGCGAUCCUGGCGCCCUUCCCGAUGGCUAUGACUUUGUGAAGCCCGAAAAUGCCGAGGCAGCCAUUGCCGAGCUGCACAGCCUGCAGACGGCAACCAAACUGCUGAAACAGCAGCAGGAGCAACAGUUGCUGUUGCAACAGCAGCAGCAGCACCAGCAGCAACAGCAGCAGCAGCAGCAACAGGUCGUCGUGCAGUCUCAGAUGCAGCUUGCCCAGCAACAGCAAAACGCAGACAUUGUCUACGGUCAUCCCCAGUCGCAGCAACAGCAAGCUUUGGCUCCUCAGAGCACACUGGCAACAUCCACUGCAGUUGGCUACCAGCAACAUUACACGGCUCCUGGCUACCUGCCACCAACUGCCACUGUUUCGGCUCCAGCUCCAGCUCCGUCUCCCGUAUCCGUUUCCAUUCCAGCUCCAGCUCCUUUGGCUGCUCCAGCUCCUGUUGCCGUUGUCCAGGCAACAGCAACAUCUAGCUCCUACCAGCAGCAACAGCAGCAGCAGUUCAGGGCUUCUGGCUAUCUGCCACCAACUGUUGCAGCUCCUACUCCUGUCCAAGUGGCAGCUCCUGCUCCCGCUCCAGUGCGUGUGGCAGCUCCUGCUCCCGCUCCUGUCCAUGUGGCCGGACCCGCUCCCAUUGCCAUUUCCCUGCCAGCUCCUUCGCCCACCCAGGUGACCCACAUCCACUCCCUGCGCAGCUACAUGAACACCGUGCAGCCCUUCGCCCGCUAUGCACAGCCAGUGGCCGUACGCCAGCAACACCAGCACGUCGUCCGGCAUCAAGUGCAGCAGCAACACCAGCAUGUGCAGCAGCAACAUCAGCAUGUGCAGCAGCAACAUCAGCAGGUACAGCAGCAACAGGUCAUCGAGGUGGCGCCCAUGUACCGUGAACAAUCGAAGCGUCCCCGCUUCUAUGCCCCAGCCUAUGUGAGCAAUGCUGUGCCCCGCCAGCAACAGCAGCACCUGCACCACCACUACCACCACCGAGUGGUGCAGAGCCAGAAGCUCCAAGCACUUCCAUCUCCCACCCUGAACUUCAAGGCCCAGCAGUCGCUGCAGAAGUUCAUGCCCAAGGACGUCCAGGUGGCGGUGAAUGUGGCCAUGGCGGCCACCGCACCCGUGGUGGCACCACCCGCCCUGCGUGGCAGUUCGCGGGUGCGCACUGUACAGAUCGUGAAGCCACAUGCCACGCGCACCUUCAAGGUGCUGGAGCAACUGGAUCAGGCUGGCGUCAAGACGAUCAAGAUCUUGGGGGCCACCAAUGAGCAGCCGCAGGGACGCCAUCAGGUGGUCAAGGUGGUGACCCAGAAUGCGCAGAGCGGUGCCGAGAGCCAUGUGCAGACGGUGAAGAUCUACGAUGAAGUGCAGCAGGUGCAGCAGGUCCAGCAGCCACUGCGCCUGCAGCCACUGGGCGGUGGCAACAACGGCUACUUGCCACCAGCGCGUCCCAGGUCGCGGAUUGUGCGCCAGGCUGCCAAGCCGCUGCGCCUCUAUCCCGUCGCCAGUCUCUAGAGGAUGGGGUCAUGGUCAACUCCCAGCACUGAUUAGUUGUUAAUUUCAUCAUCGAGCGUCUACUUAUUUUUUUUUUCCACCUCAUUUCGCAUGCAUUUCUGUCCACACUACUAGCAAAUCGAUAUACAAAUACCCCAAAUCGCA